CACUAGGGUGGCACCCAUACAUAGCGCUUCCGGCGGAACUCAACGCCGCAACAGCGAGUUUGAGCGCGCGCGCGGCUGCAGCAGCUGACUCUCGUCGAACGUGCGGUAUAACUACUGACAUUUUUCCAGCGAAAACUUCAGUCUCAAAACCUCUUCGAAACUUUUAAGAUGUCCUCAGAUAUGUUGGCCAAACCAGAUUCCUCCAAGGUCAUAUACAACGGAAAGCAGCUAGAAGACACAUCAGACUGGAAGGAGUGUGAGGUGAAAACCUACAACGAUGCAUAUGAAUCUGUGGAGGACACCAGAAGGGUUCAGUCACCAGAACAAGAGACGUGUCCUGAAGUCCAGAAAAGGUUCUGCAGAUGUGAACAAUGGUGUCUGUUGGUGCUGUGUACUGUCCUGUCAGCUGGAUCCAUCAUUCUAUCCUCAUACAUGGUGGUCAACAAUUACAAUCUGCAGAUGGAAGUGAAGGAGCUAAAGAAAAACUCUGAAGAAUUGAUGUCAACUUUCUCAGCCAACAACAGUCGUUUACAGGAUGAAAUGCAGCAGCUAAGAGAUGAAAAUGAAGCCUAUGACGGUCAAUGGUGUCCUGAAGGAUGGAGAAGAUUUGGAAGCAGCUGCUACUAUAAAUCUACUGAGCAGAAAACUUGGACUGACAGCAGGAGUUUCUGUCAGAAAAAUGGAUCUGAUCUGGUGGUGGUAAACAGCAAAGAGGAACAGAAGUUUGUUUCUACAUUUCAUCGGAAAGCAGAAUCCUGGAUCGGUCUGUCUGCUGAAUGGUCAUCACAGAAAUAUGGAUGGAAAUGGGUGGAUGGAUCACCACUGACAGAAACGUUCUGGGAAGAAGGAUUUUCAAAAGGUCCGGAGUACUACUAUGAUUCAGUGUACUUAAGUACUGAUGGGAAAUGGACACGACUGAACAGAGGACAUAAUAGAAACUGGAUCUGUGAGAAGUAAAAAUCUGAAUUUUUUUGUUACUGAGAUGUGCAUUGAUCUGUUUAUCAAUGUAACAACAAAAAUGUUGUAACUUUUCUAUUUUCAUUUCUUUUUGUUUACUUCUACAAAAUAGUUCUUAAAAGGAAAGUUGUAUUUCAGUGUAUGGUGAAUUGUUCAGAGAAAUAAAGUUUCUGAAAAAUCUGA